UCUCAAUACCAGUCGCAGGCAUAUAUACACAUGCACAACACAAUCUGUCAUUUGCCAUACAUACUGUGCUUUCACAUUAACAGAGGAACAACAUAUCGACCUUUGUUCGAUAAUAAGUGACAUUUUUGCCUUAUUUUAGUCCACACAUAUCUAGUGAAGUCAUGAAACUACCUGUUGCGUGGAUACACGGUGCAUUGGCUUCAUUGCUAUUUGUAGCAUGCUCCGAUGCAGCCCUGUGUGGGGAAGUGCAGAACGUUUCCGGCUACACAUGCGAUGUGUUGUAUAGAUUCGACAUGUCGGCAAGUGCAAAUGAGGUAGAUUCACCUGCUGAAUAUAAUAGUGUGUGCUGUAAACUUGAUGGAUGCCAAAAAGCCACAGACGGUGUCAUUUUAGAGGUCUUCAGAGAGUGUGCCGCCGGCAUAGACCCACGAACUGGGUCGACGUUGACGGUCGAUGUCACCGUGUUGAAUUCCGGAGGCUCUGUACUAUCAAACGCAAAUCUACUGCUCACAAAUACAAACACAGGUGAAGAGAUUGAGUUUGCGUAUAAUGGUCAGUCAACGUUCUCGUUGGAUGAGGGGGGCAGCUACGAUAUCACUGUACUCGGUCUCGAUGGAUACUCAAUCCAGACUGAGAUGGGCACCGAAAAGAUGAGUGGUACUGCAUUAACAGGCGAUACAGUUGUUGACGGUGUGUACUCUCUAGUGAAUGUAACUGUAGAUACUGAGGUGGAGUUUGUGUAUAUGGCACCUCAGAUGAACAAACAAAUAACAAUCCGCGCCGAGGAUGAUGUUGGUAACGUUAUAUCUGAUGCUCAAGUAGAGGUUACAGAUAUAACUGCUGGUACAUCGAAAAUUUAUACCGUAAGCGACGAUGAAUGGGAUCCGACCACAGGUACUUUCAUCUUCGAUCUACCAUCGAAUGAAGAUUACCAGUUCGAGAUCCUUAACACCCCGAGCAAUGUAAUAGCCGUCGACGAGAUAAAUGGGGACAAUCUUGCCGAUGGCAAGACAGUACUUAUGGUUAGCGAAAACACGACUAUCACCUUCGUAUAUGCGGUAGAAACGACGUGCCAGAUCGCCUACUUUGACGCAGGCGGGGCUUGUAACGCCGGCUUCUUGGAGCAGGGCUGGAAAGCUUGCUAUGGUAGCGACUGCACGCAAACUAUCUGCUGCAGUCAGCGAACCUGUCUAACUGAAACCGAUCUUACGUCGGGUUCCAUCUGUGACGAAUAUAGACCUAAGAUGGACUUUAGUACCAUUGCUUGUGGGGAGGGCACUGGUGUUGCCUGCAGCUUUGAGCUGUGUUGCACAACGGACGUUCUACCACCGCUCACACCGCACAUUGAGGACCAAUGUUCGACCUCGGCUUCCAUUAUUAAUAUUGACUUUGAGGAUGCCGUUGGCUGGGGAUAUAACGAUGACGACGACCUGGACGCUAAAUACAGACCUGAGGGAAUCACCUUCUCUCUUACAACCACCGGAUCGUUCGCACCUUACAGUCUGCGAAGUGCACCAAGGCUAGAGGCUGAAGGUGGCCCGCAAGCCGCAGCUGGGUUCUGGACGUCCUGUCGCCAUUCUUCAGGAAAGACUGUGUAUGACUACGAUUACAAGAACACAUUGGGUGGCUAUUUCUUGAAGUUGGUCGGCUUGGACUCGGAUGACAUACCAUACAUGCCGGCGUUGCUCGUGACCUACAACACACACGGGUCGACUCAGGCUGCGGGUAUGUUGUACGAUAUCGAUGGCAACGCGAAUAAAAUCGAGGCGUACAUGGUGAGUAUAUACGAUGAGAACAGGAACCUUCUGGGCUCAGACUAUUCGGUACGCGGAACUACAGCCGAGUGUACCGAAAAUCUCUACGAAGGUACCUAUUGGCAGUUUGUAGUCAACUCUACCAACGGCGUCCCUAUCAAGUAUCUGCGUAUCGACUACAUUGGCAGUGGCAAUCCGACGAAUAUUGGAAUGGGUUUCGAUAACUUCAGGGCCUUCGGUUGCACCGAGGAUGCAAGAGUGAUUAACGCUUUCUCUACAGGCUAAAAACGAUAAUAACUGAUUCCGUUUUUCUUACGUUGUACUAGUAGCGGAGCUAGAUGUUGUACCCAUAUAUAACCACUGCACAAUGUCUUUCGAGCGUGCCGUGUACCGUACAACGCGAGACAGUAACCUUCACCAGGGCAGCAUAUUUGCUCGAAAAAAGACAUGCGCCUUUUCCAAGCGUGAAACCCGUGUUGUCAACAGCAAUUUACCUCGGCGAACUUGGCCGUUUACAGUAACUAAAUAAAAAAAUUCAUUAAAUUUUAUGUAUAUGCA